UUGGAGGCCGCCGAGGACCGAGCGCAGGAGCGAGAAGGCGGCGCUCGGCGGCGGCCAGCGAGGAGGCGGCGGAGAGCCCCGGGCCAGGCCCCGCGCACGGCUCACGUCCCGAAAAGUGGAGCCGCAGCUUGGCGACGCCUGCACCUGUUUGCGCCGCUCCGCCGAGGCGACCGGGCUGCUGCGGCGGCGGCGGCAGCGAAGACGACGACCCCGACCAGCGCCCUCUUCGGCAAGUGGUUUGAGCACCAGGAGAAACUUUGCACCUGUGAGCCGGACCUGCGCUGAGUGCGUGUGUUUUUGCCUUCCGUUCCGUUGUCUUCGCUUCCACCUGCGCCCCGCUCUCCUCUCCGGUAGGACUUCUCCCCCUCCCCGCGUCCCGCUCCGUUCGAUUGAGCCCCUCUCCACCCUCCGCCCCCCCGGCCGUCUAUGCUCCCGGCCCUCCCCGCGCGGUGCCGGUGAACCCGCGGGCCGCCCCGAUGUACAGCAUGAUGAUGGAGACCGACCUGCACUCGCCUGGCGGCGCCCAGGCCCCCACGAACCUGUCGGGCCCGGCCGGGGCGGGCGGCGGUGGGGGUGGCGGUGGCGGCGGCGGCGGCGGCGGCGGGGUCGCCAAGGCCAACCAGGACCGGGUCAAGCGGCCCAUGAACGCCUUCAUGGUGUGGUCCCGCGGGCAGCGGCGCAAGAUGGCCCAGGAGAACCCCAAGAUGCACAACUCGGAGAUCAGCAAGCGCCUGGGCGCCGAGUGGAAGGUCAUGUCCGAGGCCGAGAAGCGGCCGUUCAUCGACGAGGCCAAGCGGCUGCGCGCGCUGCACAUGAAGGAGCACCCGGAUUACAAGUACCGGCCGCGCCGCAAGACCAAGACGCUGCUCAAGAAGGACAAGUACUCGCUGGCCGGCGGGCUGCUGGCGGCCGGCGCGGGCGGCGGCGGCGCGGCGGUGGCCAUGGGCGUGGGCGUGGGCGUGGGCGCGGCGGCCGUGGGCCAGCGCCUGGAGAGCCCGGGCGGCGCGGCGGGCGGCGGCUACGCGCACGUCAACGGCUGGGCCAACGGCGCCUACCCCGGCUCGGUGGCGGCGGCGGCGGCGGCCGCGGCCAUGAUGCAGGAGGCACAGCUGGCCUACGGGCAGCACCCGGGCGCGGGCGGCGCGCACCCGCACGCCCACCCGGCGCACCCGCACCCGCACCACCCGCACGCGCACCCGCACAACCCGCAGCCCAUGCACCGCUACGACAUGGGCGCGCUGCAGUACAGCCCCAUCUCUAACUCGCAGGGCUACAUGAGCGCCUCGCCCUCGGGCUACGGCGGCCUCCCCUACGGCGCCGCGGCCGCCGCCGCCGCCGCCGCGGGCGGCGCGCACCAGAACUCGGCCGUGGCGGCGGCGGCNGCGGCGGCGGCCGCGUCGUCGGGCGCCCUGGGCGCGCUGGGCUCGCUCGUCAAGUCCGAGCCGAGCGGCAGCCCGCCCGCCCCCGCGCACUCGCGGGCGCCGUGUCCCGGGGACCUGCGCGAGAUGAUCAGCAUGUACUUGCCCGCCGGCGAGGGCGGAGACCCGGCGGCGGCCGCGGCGGCCGCGGCGCAGAGCCGGCUGCACUCGCUGCCUCAGCACUACCAGGGCGCGGGCGCGGGCGUCAACGGCACGGUGCCCCUGACGCACAUUUAG